CCGUAAUCUCUGUGCGAGGUCACUUGCAGCUGCCGCAGACAGUGAUGGCAGGCGAAGCAACGUGUAUACGCUGACAGUGUUUGGGCGAUGAACAGUGUACGCUGCGGUGAGCCAAGUGGGCAGAGACCAGGGUCUAAGACAGAAGGACCAUUCUAGAGUUCUACAUUCGAACGUCCCCAAGUGAAGCCGAUACGCUCUCUUCCAGUCAUGUUGCAACAACCGACUCAAGCUAUGCAUCCCUCGAUGGAGGCUCAACAGAUGCCUCUCACAAUGGAGAGACAUAUCCAACAGACCAACGAGAGAUUGCAGGUGAUAUGUCAGCAACUGAAGACUCCUCAGGGUUUCAUAUCUGCAGCCAGGGAGCUCCUGGACUGGUGUGGUGAUGUGAGGGCCUUCCAGCCCCACUAUGAGAUGGGUCUCAUGAUGUGUCUACAGGCCGUCAGUAGAUUCGCUGCCUCUCCCGGUUUCGACCUCAAUCUCGGAAUCUGGAAUGUUCAUGUUGCCAGCUACUGUUUGGGGUACAGACUGCUAGCAGUGUGCUCCAGUCACAAGAACAAGUUCUCAGCUGAUCAUGCAGCUGUGUUAGGUCAGUGGUGUGAGGAGCUGGGUCGUCUCAUGCUACUCAGGCACCAGAACAGAACGAGGCAGAUGGAGGUCGGCCGGAAUCAGUCCCAGACGGCAGCCAUGGAGAUUGCCAAGGCAGCGGCUCUCUACGCAGCCAACCAGCACAUGCAGAGGCCCUAUGGGGCAAGUGAUGGACCCAAUGCCCAGUGGGUCGGGGGAGAUCAGCAGUUCAGUGUCGUGACCACCGUACACGCAGGUGCCACCAACCCCAUGGAGAUGGGGGGAGCCCCUGGUCAUUUCGUGACCCCAAUGAACCACCCUCAUCCGAACAGCGUCUCCUAUACCACCAGUCCGCACGCUCUCGGGAGUGCUCAGUGGGCACCGCCCAACGCCAAUCUCUUCCCGCAGAACAGCGGAUUACCCAAUCACAUAGGGCCCCCCCACCCCCCCAGGGGGAAUGCCUCCAAACGCCACUUUCUCUGAUCCGCACGCGGGUGGGGCCCGGUUCAGGACGACGGUUCCCGGAGGAGACCAGAGGUCGCAGGGGUCAAAUCUGUCGGCAGCUGCUGCAGCCGCUGCGGCCGUGAUGGCUGCUGCCACGGCAACGGCCCACGCCACGGCGACCCUGACGCUGAAACCAGGGGUUCAAUCGCAGGGGUUUCCCCCUGACAACGGAGGUCCCCCUCCCUCCAUGCAUCCACAGCAACAGCAGCAGGCUCAGUCUGUCAUACACCAACAAACACCACCUCACCAGGGUAACCCUCAGGGUGUAGGACAUAACAGUACAUCCAGUGCUCCUUCGUCUGUCCCUCCUCCCUCCUCCACCCCCUCACACUUACAACAACAACAACAACAACAACAGCAACAGCACACCACGACUCCAAACAGUACUGCUCCCAUCUCUCAGGUACUAUAUACAUAAUAUUAUAUAGACUACAUUACAUACACAAUAGGAUAAUGUGACGUGAUGCACAUUAUAUACGUAGAAGCCCAACAAAGGGUUGUAUGUGAGAUUAGAUAUCAUGGGUUUUGGUGAGAACGAGACAGCUCUAAUAUAUAGAAGAAACUGGAGUAUGAUUUUGCUUUAGAGACACUCGAGAGUGCAAACCACGUUCUGAAGAAAAGGAGUUCAAGAUACUGUAUGUAAACCGCUAGACUCUGCUGCUCUCCGUCUGUGUUAGUAACUUUUUUAGCUCUCACUUGCACUGUUGUUGGUGUUAUUUAAGGAGGAUAUCUUAUUUGUUAGAGCUAUAUACUGGACAGUAUGUAUAUAUGUUGCAGUGCCCAGACAGGAUAGCAUGAGCCCUGUAUGGGCGAAUGCUGUCCUGUCUGGGUACUGCAACAGAUUUGUUGGAUAUCCC